AUGGCUUACCAUUUAGAAAAACUAUCCUCUGAUAUACUUGACGAAGAUUUUGCAAAUAUUUUUAAACCGAUCCAUCUUCUACAAGCGAUUGUCGGUAACCUUAAUGUGAAAAUUAAACACGGCUUCGUCACGCCUCCUUCGAAGUGGUACAAUUUAUGGGGUGAAAUGAAAGACAAUCAACAAAGAGAUAAAGAAAUUUGUUUCAUUUUAGGUGAAAUCAAGCGGAACGCGAAACGCAUGUUGUUGUUAUUGGAUGUGAAAAACGACAUAUCUUUAUAUGAUAUCUACACGCUGAACGCGCGCCUCCUCGUGCGCACCCUCGGCGUCGUAACCACUUACACGGUCAUUAUUCUGCAGUUUUAUGUAUAAUUACA